AUGGCUUGCAUGGAGCUUCUCUACCUGGCCGAGGAGAGCAGGCAGGCACCACUGGGCACUGCUGCAGGCUGGAGCCUGUCAUCCCCUCCCUAUGAGCAGCAGCAGCAGCAUGAAGGGGGCAAGGUAGACUCCAGAGCAGCUGCUACCGUGGCAGCCCUGUGCUGUGAAAGGCACUGCAGGCCCUUGCAGAGAGGCCCUGUGGCUCAGCCCUCCCUGGCACCCCAGCCCUCCCCCCAGGACACCUCACCCCAAGAGCACCCUGGCCCUACCAGCAACUCCCAGCCCUACCACCCACUCGAGCGCUUGCCUGAGGAGGAGGAGGGAGGGCAGAAGAAAGCCUGCUGCUGUGCCCAGGAGCUUGAGACGUCAUUCACCUGUGUGGAUGAAAAUGUGAACCUGGAGCAUGGAAGAAGACCCCCCAGUCCUACAGGCAGCCACUGCCAGGAUGCCCCUGUCAGGGAGCUGCCGCCCCAGUGGGUGCACGAUUCUCCUUCCUUGGUCUCUGAGGAGGAUGAUGCUGCCUCAGAGGUAGCAAACGGGAAAUCUGUGGACUAUGGGUUCAUUAGUGCCAUUUUGUUCCUGGUUAGUGGCAUUUUGCUGGUGAUCAUUUCCUACGUGGUACCCAGAGAUGUGACUGUGGAUCCCAACACUGUGGCUGCCCGGGAGAUGGAGAGGCUGGAGAAUGAGAGCGCCAGGAUCGGGGCUCACUUGGACCGCUGUGUGAUCGCCGGGCUGUGUCUCCUAACCCUGGGGGGAGUGGUGCUCUCCAGCCUGCUGAUGAUGUCUAUGUGGAAAGGAGAGCUGUACCGGAGGAGCAGGUUUGCGUCUUCCAAGGAGUCUGCAAAGCUCUAUGGGUCUUUCAAUUUCAGAAUGAAGUCUGGUGCAAACGAUAAUACGCUCGAGCUGUCGUUAGUGGAGGAAGAUGUGCUUGCCAUAAAUAAUUAGUGUGGUCAUGAUUUUUAAGGCAGCAUUUCUACAGCAAAAUAUGUUUCAUUAAAGAAAACAGAUGCAGCUAAAGAUAGCUGGUGAUGCAGUUUAUUUGUCUGACAAGAAUGGUUUUUUCUUAAGCUCUAUAAUCGAGUGUUUGCAGUAUAUGAGCACUUGUUGUAAAGGGAGAAUGUGCCAGAGAAAAUGCAACUGAUAUGAAAUAAUGAAAACCACUGAAUAAAAAGAGAUUUGUGAUAA